CCUAGCAGCAUGGCCUUCAACGGCAAGUUCGAGAUGGAGAGCGAGAAGAAUUAUGACGAGUUCAUGAAGCGUCUCGGGCUCUCCAGCGACGUGAUUGAGAAGGCCCGCAACUUCAAGAUCAUCACGGAGGUGCAGCAAGACGGGCAGGACUUCACCUGGUCUCAGCACUACUCUGGGGGCAACACCAUCACCAACAAGUUCACCAUUGGCAAGGAAUGCGAGAUGCAGACCAUGGGGGGCAAGAAGUUUAAGGCCACCGUGCGCAUGGAGGGUGGGAAGGUGGUAGCAGACUUCCCCAACUAUCACCAGACCUCGGAGAUCGUUGGGGGCAAGCUGGUGGAGAUCUCCACCAUUGGAGGUGUGACCUACGAGCGUGUGAGCAAGAAGCUGGCCUGAGCCCCCAGACUGGACCGGACGGGGCUCUGAGGGGCAGUAAACCUACCAAUAAAACCGAGAG